CAAUUGGUCUGAUAAAAAUUUCUUCAAAAAAAUUGCAAUAAAAACAUAAUUCUACGUGUACACCGGUAAAUAUUCGCACCGUUUUUAUUAAUUAUUUAGUUCGACAAUGCCGCCAACUAAGAACAAGCAACAGAACUCCGUUAAAAAUCCUACACAGAAAUUCAAUGAGACUCAUGCAAGAAACAUUGAAGUCGCCAAAAAGCUGGUUGAAAACUAUGUGUCGUCUUCAGAAGAUGAGGAUGAAUUAGAUGAAAAUACCAUUUUAAAAUCUUUAUACCAGCAUUAUGAUAAGCGCAAAGAAGAUGAACACCUACUAGCCAAAACUGCCGGCUUUUUAGAAAAUGUUUUGCAAACUGGAGCUGCAACGUGUCUUAUCUGUAUUGGAAGCAUAAAACGAUCCAAUGCGAUAUGGUGUUGCAAAUAUUGCUAUUGUUUCUUUCAUUUGAACUGUAUAAAAAGAUGGGCUAAUGACAGUGUGGCCCAGGUAAAAGCCCAAACUCAAAAUGAACAGGGCUACUACAAUCACAUGGGUGAAUAUAUAGCACCCAAAAAACCUAAAGCAUUGCACUGGUGUUGUCCUCAAUGUAGAAGAGAAUUCCAACCCGAUGAAAGACCAACGGAGUAUGAGUGCUUUUGUGGCAAGGAAAUAAAUCCGCCUUCACAACCCUGGUUAGUUCCACAUUCUUGCGGUGAAAUAUGUGGUAAGGCACUACAGCCAAAUUGUGGCCACAAAUGUACUUUGCUUUGCCAUCCCGGACCAUGUCCUCCCUGUGCCCAAUACGCCGUAACAUCCUGUAAAUGUGGAAAAUCAGCUGCUAAAUCAGUACGUUGUGCCGACAAAUUGUGGGAAUGUCAGCAGAAAUGUGGUUUACUAUUACCAUGUAGACAGCAUGUUUGUAAAAAAUUGUGCCACAAGGACGGCCAGUGUCCACCGUGCCAACAAACAAGUAUGCAAGUGUGUGAAUGCGGCAGAGAAACUGCUAAACGACUAUGUUGUGAACAGAAGUGGCAUUGUAAAAAACCCUGCGGAAGAACUUAUUCAUGUGGCUUACACACUUGUAAAAAAGUUUGCCAUUCGGGUGACUGUGGGGUUUGCCCUUUAAGUUUACCACGAUCCUGUCCAUGUGGAAAAACUAAAAAAAUUGGCCCUUGUUCGGAGGUGAUAGAUACUUGUGGUGAUACUUGCCAAAAGCUAUUAGCUUGUAAUGUACACACUUGCACGCAACGCUGUCAUAAGGGCAAUUGUAAUUUGUGUUUGAUUAUAACCAAAAAGAAAUGCCGCUGUGGUAUGCACGAAAAAGAACUGCCAUGUUCCAAGGAAUUUACAUGCGAAACUAAGUGUAAACAAAUUCGUGAUUGUGGCAAGCAUCCCUGUAAUCGCAAGUGCUGCGACCGAAACUGUCCGCCAUGUGACAAAGUAUGUGGUAAACCAUUGUCGUGUGGUAAACAUAAAUGUCAAUCGAUUUGUCACAAGGGACCCUGUUAUCCGUGUCAGCAAAAAUCACAAAUCAAUUGUCGCUGUGGUAAAAGUAAAAAAAGCGUACCCUGUGGUCGUGAGCGAACAGCACGUGUGGUUUGUUUGGAACCAUGUCGUAUACCAUCAAAAUGUCAUCAUGACAACAAACAUCGCUGUCAUAAAAAUGAAUGUCCAGCUUGUGCUCAACCUUGUGGUUUACCAAACGACACUACUAAGUGUGACCACAAGUGUAUGGCGAAAUGUCAUGCAUCGGUUAAGAUGGCUAAGAAAUCAAAUUCUGAUACUACCAGUAUUUGGGAGCCAACUAAACAGUUUGAAUUUAAACAAAUGCCUCACCCGCGUUGCGAACAAAAGGUAAGCGUAACUUGUAUAGGCGGACAUGAAGUAGCUGAUUGGCCCUGUUGGAAUUCUAAACCUACAUCGUGUCAGCGUUUGUGCAACCGUUCGUUGCGCUGCGGCAAUCAUAAGUGUACUUUAGUAUGUCAUUCUGUGAGAGAUUUGACGGACAUGAAGGAACAACCUGGUUGUGCCCGUUGUGAUCAAGGUUGCAAUAUUCCUCGCCCCGAAGGAUGUACUCACAAUUGCCCGAGACCCUGUCACCUGCCACCCUGUUAUCCUUGCAGUGUUGCUAUAAAAACUAAGUGUCAUUGUGGCUUAAUGCCCAUUAUUUACAAAUGUAGCGAUUAUUUCAAUACUGCAGCCAGUGAAGGUGAAAUUUUGGAGAGACAAGAGAACUUAAAGAGCUGUGGCAAUAGAUGUUUAAAAAAUUAUCCUUGCGGCCACCGCUGCACAGCCAAAUGCCAUUCUGGCCCUUGUCCCUAUCCCGAAGCUUGCCGCAAAAAAUUGCGCAUCUAUUGUGAUUGUAAACGUUUAAAAUCCGAAAUUUCGUGUGACAAGCAUCGUGCUGGUAUUCAAAAAUUGCAAUGUGAUGGAAAUUGUGUUGAAACACAAAAAACUCUGGAGCAGGCACGGCAAAAGGAAGAGGAAUUACUUCGAAAGCAAGAAGAAGAACGCAAUCGUUUGGAAGUGGAACAAUUUGAAAAGAAAUUCAGCAAGCGCAAACCCAAAGAACGUAAAAAUAUAGAAGUGAAACCAAAGGACCCCAUUAAUUGGAAACUAAUUGGGGUAUAUGCUGGCAUUGUUGGAGCUGUAUUGCUAGCAGUUGCUUUAGCUUUUUACGAGGAACAUUAAGUAAAUGCCAAUUUCACUUUGAAUUAAACCAAAGGUGGGCCAUUUUUAGAUAAUAAUACUUUUAACUAAAGAAAAUAAAGAUACUUUUAAUAAAACCACAUUUUAUUACGUUUUAA